GAAGAUGAGUUUGGAGUAUUCAUGCAGGCGGAGGGAGAGCCAGCCUGGAGCGAGGGAUCCACCAUGCCUGCCUCAGUGCCUUGUGGGAGCAGAGAGAGUGUCGCACUCGGAAACCACGCCAUCACGGGGGAGCCGGCCCACUGGACAGCAGGCUGGACGGACAGCUCGUUCCACCAAUCAGACGACACCUGGACAGCCUUUCCUCAGGACCCAUCUGAGGCGCGUCGAGACGUCCGAGGACAGUGGUGGCCAACCAGCGCCGUGGAGGAGAGCAGGGACAGACUCCUGUCCAAUCAGAAUCUGGCGGCUGUCUUUGCUGAAGCCUUCCCCUCGCUGCCUGCUUCAUCCUCAAGUGACCCCCGUGACCUGGACGCUGUUCCCACUCUGACCCAGCUCCUCAGGGGCAAAGCCAGCCAGGACCAGGGGCUGUUGGACAGUUUCCAUGACUUAAACAAAAUGAUUUGCCGGAGAUACAAGCGAGCUAACGGCGUGUCUCGUGACCUGCUGCUGAAGACCUUACACCUGGAGCAGCCACACACUGAAAGCAGAGCCGCCCCUCGGACAGCAAAUCGGCGUCUCUCCCCUGGCCUCCCCUCGGCCAAUCAACACGCCCAGAACGCUGGCGCUAAGCGACGGCUGUCGUACGACUACAACAGGAACAUCGUGGAGUAACUGUGCGGGUUCAGCUCUGGUUGGCCCUCCGAGCGGUUCCUCAGACUCUGGAUUCACAUGUGUACUAUCUGCUAGUCAACCACGGACUGACCUUUGACUCUUUGCACACUCUGGUUAUUUAAGCCGGAGCCAGAACACGUACCCUGGAUGAAAAUGGAGCGACUCUCUGCAGUUGUGUUUCAGGUGUUGGUGUAUACUGGUGGAGAGUUUCCAUCACACAUCAGCCACCUUGUUGCUCACCAACCUCCCGUUUUCCUUUUCAGCUCUGAUAUCUGCAGGUUGUCAGUGAUUGUUUGGAGCGUGAUGUCCUGUAGUUACGAGUCACUCAUCACCUCAUCCUUCCUGUUAUUUUAUCAUCUGAGAAACAGAAACAAUUCACUGUGUCAGAUCUGUUGUUUUGGCAGAAAUUCUCAUUGUUUGAAUUAAAUCUCGACGGGUCGAGCCAAUCAAAAAUACUGACUUGCAAAGAAUUAACUCAGAAACAUUAAAAGUAAAUAUUACAUAAUUUCUGCUUUCAUUCAUGACCAUUGCAUUCAGGAUUUUAGAAGGUUAGCAUGUUUGCUAGCUAGCCUAUGUGUAUUGAUACAGGCAGUUAUGGCCAGUUUGAGCAUGCAGUCGGCUUGGCCCCUGCAGCUGGAUACAUCCCCCCCACACACAGUCCUUACCUUUUGCAAAUAUUUGGCUGAAGAGUCGUCUAACUCAACCAAUGAGAGUUUUUCUCGUUCUGCAGCAGCUCUGACAAGAAGGUUUGCAGAACCGAUGUCGUGUUAAUGUCAUGUGGAAAUGGAAGCGAGCAAUAAGAACAAAGGAUUCCUGGUACAACUUGUUUAAAUUGUUGAAAAAGAUCGCCAGUGUUAGUGAUAAUGACAGUUAUUGAACACUGAGCUGCAGAAUACAAUUCUGUUCAAGUGUUAAAAAAAAAAAAAGGAA